AUGUACGGUCUCAAAAGGAUCCCGAUUCAUUCGUUUCUUGCGCACUGCUUACUAUUCUCGCAAGCCGUGGCUAGGACUGCCUCUUCUGAAGUAUGUGCUCUCGAGCCCGACAGCCGAAUGCCAAAUGGCUCCUGGGACUCUCACCUCCACGUCCUGGACCCAGUUCGUUUCCCGCCUGUUCCGGGAUCAUAUGAGUUUGGUACAUACACAGCAUGGGAUGCCACUAUCGAAGAAACCCGCCUCGGCUGUUCACACAUGGUUCUGAUCCAGCCGUCCGUCUACGGAAAUGACAAUACCUUGCUUAUUGACACUCUCAAGGCAUUCGGCCCGGACAGAGCCCUCGGUGUUAUCGUGUUUGACGUGGCCAACACUUCAACCGCACAGCUUCAAGAAUGGAACGAUCUCGGCGUUCGCGGUGUUCGGUUGAACUUUCAGUCGACGGGUGAUGCCCCGCCGGCCAAAGAGCUCAGAGAUAUGAUGCAGCGGUAUGCAGAUGCUAUUCGCCCUUUCUCUUGGGUUUUGCAGAUCUAUAUCGCCAUGAAGGACAUACCCGGUAUCGAGCCCGUCAUUCCAGAUCUGGGAGUCAAGGUCGUCAUUGACCACUUGGGUCACCCAGAUAUCCCAAAGUCGAACACCUCUGGGACUGCUCUCGAUCCGCACACUUUGUCUGGGUUUGACUCCAUGUUGCGACUCUUGGAGGGAAAGAAUACUUGGGUCAAGGUUUCUGCCGUCUACCGCCUUUCGAAAGCCUCAGGACCUUUGUACACUGACCUUGAUCCUCUCAUCCUCGAGCUUUUUAAAGCAGCGCCAUCUCGACUCGUUUAUGCCUCAGACUGGCCACAUACUAGAUUCGAGGGACUCGAUAUCAAGCCUUGGACUUCUCAUCUAAUUGAUCUGACAAAAGGAAACGUGGAGCUGCGUAAUCAACUGUUCAAGGACAAUGCACAGGAGCUAUGGUGCGGUCAGAGUACAAUAGCCAGUUCAGCAAAGCCUUGA